CUGUGGUCACACCGUUUCCACAGCAUUUUAUUUCAUUUCGCUUCAUCGGAAAAAUCGAAAGAAAAUCGCUGUAAAAAGGGCAACAAUCUUGAAAGGAAGAUGUCCAGCUUUUCGCCGAACCAACUGCGCCAGUGCGCCCGCUUCACCGGUACGCCCUGCACACCGGACAAGGAGCACCAGCUGCGGGAGCAGAUCCACAGCGAGCUGGCGAAGAUUAAGUACUGCGCCAAUCCCACCUACGAGUGCAGCCUAAUGCGCAUCGAGGGCUACGAGUACUGCAUCCGGCACGUACUGCGCGACCCGCGCUCCAACUACCGCCAGUGCUCGCACGUCUACUCGAACGGCAGGAAGUGCAUCAACGCUGUGGCCAAGUACGACAACAAGAAGGAGCAGAUCCUGACCACCCUAUGCUUCGAGCACAACCGCCAGACGCAGCUGCAGAAGACGCACAUGAAUGUGGGCCGCAUUCGCAGCCGCGUGGAGACCAACGAGACCUUGCUGCACAGUCUCUCAUCGCACAUCAAUGUGGAGGACAUAAAGCCGGAGGCUCCCAAGAUCGAGCCCGAUGAUGAUGAAAUCGAUGUGGUCUCACCACAUGUGACUCCAUUUGUCACCCAAGAUCACCGCAACUCCAUUGGACAUGUUGUGGAAAGCUCACGCAAGCGACGUCGAAUUCUGGAUUAUGCUUCUGAUAGUUCCAGCAACGAUGCUGAUCCACCCUGUCUAAGGAACACCGCUCAGGACAUUGAGUUUAACGAAUCUGACUAUGAAAGCAUCGAUUCGGAAGAUGAUGAUCCACUGAAACACGCUGGCGUCUUCACGCGCGCAGAGGCAGUGAAGAUUGCCGAAACAAAGUUGAUCAAGCUUCAGGGACUUUAUCGUGAGCAGGUUUCAUAUCUGCAGAACGUGCUGAAGCAGAGACGUCGCAAGUACUUGCACGACAUACGACGCGAGCGAGAGCUAUAUUGUAGCAUUCACGACCAACUAAAGGACACUCCACACGAGCGAAAGCUGUACGAACAGCUCAAGGCGCUGAAUAGCUAUCAUCGUCGACAGGGCGUGGAGGCAGUGCUCUACAAGAAACUGAAGGAGAAGCGCGCUCGCGACACCUUGUACGCAUCCAAGUCGUCGAGCAACCCGAAGUGCGUCUUCACCGAAGGCGGCGUCAAGUGUGGGGAGCGAACACUGCCCUGCUGCAAGCACUGCCGCAAGCACAUUCUGGAGGAUAAGCGCCAGGUCCUGUUUCGGGCCUGCGGCGUGGAGCGGAGUGGGGUGGUCUGCCAGGAGCCGGUGGCUAGCAUUCUCGAAGACUCCAGUUGCGUACUGCACCUGACAGUGGCGCCGGCUAAGCGCCAGUAUAUACAAAAGUUUUAUGAAGUUCCAAGCACUCCGCCGGUAGAAAGUAUUUUCGCAGCAGGCCGUGGUCUCGAUAACUUUGUCGGCGAAGAUCCACGGAAUGAACCGCAGCCGGAGGGUGAUGACCUUUUGGAUUUUGCAAAUGGUAUAUUCGAUUUUGACCUUGACGCAGUUGACGAUCUGGCAAACUCCUUCGACGACGAUUACACCAUGUUCCUGGACAUGGACAGUGACCUGGGCUUAGCCAUUGAAGAUCGCGGUGCGGAGAGUGCUCCUGUAGACUUAGGCCUCGAGGAGGAAGGCGAGGGCGGGUCCAACGACUCAGUUGGUCCCGCUGAAAGUCAGACUCAAGACAAUCUCAUCGGAGGCAACUUAGAGUUAGAACAAUCAUCUAUGCAAGACAGUAGCGAACUUAACUUUGACAUCGACGAGUCGGAGAGCAAUGUGAACGAAGUGUUGCGUUUGCUCGAGGGCAUAGAACACAUGCCCUGGUUCGAUGCCCUCAUGAACUAGUCAUAAUAGCAUAGUAAACAAAUGCGAGUCGGAGACCGAGGAAGAGGAGACGCAGUCCGCCAGCGUGAGUGCCGCCAUAAAAAAGGAGAAGGAGGACCCCU